AUGCCACCGAAGAGGAAGGCUCAAGGGGCCGUCGCCGGCAGCUUCAAGGCAGGAAAGGGCUCUGUAGUUUCGACACCUGGAGGCGCCACCCCCAGGAGCAUCGCUAGCGACAAUGAGUCGUCGGCAGUGGAUCCUGUGAGCGAGUCCGAAGACGAGAAUCUCGAGAAGAACGUCGACAAAUUCUCCGUCGAAGCCUACCUGGAUAGGCCGAAAACGAACGGCCACGAAUCCAUGACUGGACUCUUCAAGAAGAAGCGCGACUUCUCUUUUCUUCAGCUGAAGCCCGAUUAUCAGAAUCGCCCGCUCUGGAUCGACCCUGCCAAAGGCCGCAUUUUCCUCGAAAGCUUCAACCCGCUGGCCGAGCAAGCGCAGGACUUCCUCAUCACCAUUGCCGAACCGAUCUCGCGACCGUCCUUCGUCCACGAAUAUGCGCUCACGACACAUAGCUUAUACGCUGCAGUUUCGGUGGGCCUGUCACCCCAAGAUAUUAUCAACACUCUCGAUCGGUUCCUGAAGAUGCCUUUGCCCGACAGCAUUCGCAAGUUCAUUGAAGGCUGUACGCAGAGUUUUGGCAAGGUUAAGCUGGUGCUGAAGAACACCAAAUACUUUGUCGAGAGUACGGAUCCGGUGAUCUUGCAAAAGCUAUUGAAAGACUCCGUCAUCGGGCCUCUCCGGGUACACGGCACAGAGGAAAUCACCACAACUGCGGCCCCUAAACAGGGACCUCUAGUUAUUCCAGGCACCGCCAACGCUGCUGGUGUCCGACAGGCAGAAGAGCAAAAGGCCAAGGGACGUGAGGGUGAAGUGAAGGAGGGCGAGGUCUAUGCCGCAUUGAACGAUGACGACGACGAUGAUCAGGAGAUUACGCACGCCUUCGAGAUUGGGGACGAAGCAGUCGAGACUGUUCAGAAAAGAUGUCUUGAACUGGAGUACCCGGUGUUGGAGGAGUAUGAUUUCAGACGAGAUGAGGCCAACCCGAACCUGGAGAUCGACUUGCGCCCGGGUACCCUCAUUCGACCUUACCAAGAAAAGAGUCUGAGCAAGAUGUUUGGUAACGGUCGAGCCAAGAGUGGUCUCAUUGUCCUCCCUUGCGGUGCUGGAAAAACGCUCGUCGGUAUUACCGCAGCUUGCACCGUCAAGAAGGGCGUCAUUGUCCUCUGCACCAGUUCCAUGUCUGUCGUGCAAUGGCGAAACGAGUUCCUAAAGUGGUCCAACAUCAAGCCAGAGGAUAUCGAAGCAUUCACGUCAGACAACAAGGGCAGAAUCUUCCCGGGUAAUACCGGUAUCAUUGUGACUACAUAUUCCAUGGUAACUCAGACCAGAGAGCGUUCUCACGAGGCCAAGAAGAUGAUGGACUUCCUGCAGACGCGAGAGUGGGGUCUGAUGCUUUUGGACGAGGUCCACGUCGUCCCCGCCAACAUCUUUAGAAAGGUUACGUCGUCCAUCAAGACGCAUUCGAAGCUUGGCUUGACCGCCACACUCCUUCGUGAGGACGACAAGAUUUCGGAUCUAAACUUUUUGAUUGGACCCAAGUUAUACGAGGCAAACUGGAUGGAGCUCAGUGAGCAAGGCCACAUAGCCAAGGUCCAAUGUGCUGAGGUCUGGUGCCCCAUGACUACCGAAUUCUACGACGAAUACUUGAAAGCAUCAGCUAGGAAGCGAGCUCUGCUUUACAUCAUGAACCCGCGCAAGUUCCAGGCCGCCCAGUAUCUCAUCAACUACCACGAGUCUCGAGGUGACAAGAUUAUUGUCUUUUCGGACAACGUCUAUGCCCUGAAGACGUAUGCCGAGAAGCUGGAGAAGGCCUACAUUUUCGGAGGUACUGGUCAGGCAGAACGAAUGAACAUUCUGCAGAACUUCCAGCACAAUCCUCAGGUCAACACUCUAUUCUUAUCAAAGAUUGGCGACACGUCACUCGAUCUUCCUGAGGCUACCUGCCUCAUUCAGAUCUCGUCCCACUACGGUUCUCGUCGUCAAGAAGCGCAACGACUUGGUCGUAUCCUGCGGGCCAAGAGGAGAAACGACGAGGGUUUCAAUGCAUUCUUCUAUUCCUUGGUGUCCAAGGAUACUCAGGAGAUGUACUAUUCUUCAAAGAGACAGGCAUUUCUGGUUGACCAGGGAUAUGCCUUCAAGGUCAUCACGCAGCUCGCCAACAUUGAGAAGACGCCGGGGCUUGCGUACGCCGCGGCGAGCGAGAGAAGAGAGCUGUUGCAAAAGGUCCUCAUCGAGAACGAAGCCGGCGGCGAAGAUGAAGUCAUUGAUGACUUGUUCCACAGCGGCACGAUGGGUCGCGCGCCGGCGAGGGGCAAGAAGAAGGCCGCCGCGAGGAGGACGGCUGGUCUGUUGGGCGACCUGUCGGGUGGACAGGACAUGGCCUACAUGGAGCAAAACAAGAGGGUCAAACUGAAGAAGGCCAAGGGAGAGAGCAGUGCCUUCUUCAAGAAGAUCCAGAGAGAAAAGGCCAAGCGAUAG